AUGGUCGAGGUUUCUGCCGACGCCGGCAGCGGCCAGAUGUCCGUCCUGGACGCCCUGAAGGGUGUUCUGCGCAUCUCGCUCAUCCACGACGGUCUUGCCCGUGGUCUGCGCGAAGCCGCCAAGGCCCUCGACCGCCGCGAGGCGCACAUGUGCGUCCUGAACGAGGGCUGCGAGGAGGAGGCCUACAAGAAGCUCGUCGUUGCUCUGUGCUCCGAGCACAAGAUCCCGCUCAUCAAGGUGCCCGAUGGCAAGAUGCUGGGCGAGUGGGUUGGUCUCUGCACCCUCGACCGUGAGGGCAACGCCCGCAAGGUCGUCAACUGCUCUUGCGUCGUUGUCAAGGACUGGGGUGAGGAGUCCCAGGAGCGCUCCGUCCUCCUCAACUACUUCCAGACUGAGCAGUAG